AUGACUGGAGGAAAUGAUGCUACUCUUGAUCUAGCCAGUCCUACUGUAUCCAUUGGUAAAUCCUUCGAGUACGAUUACGAUCAUGUCCAGACCAGAAUGGUUCUUCCUGGAGACAGUUUCAAACUCACAAAGAUUGUAAACGGUGCAGAAGAGGUUUGGAACGGUGGUACAGUUGGAUUAGGUCUAACCCUUGAACUUGCUGACAAGAUUAUGUUCUCUGCUGCUAAGGUAGAUGAAGCUAGUGGAAAGAGCGAAGUCCCUGAAAAUCAUGAUGGACAGAAUGGAGUUCAACGUGAGGAAGUCCCUGCUGCUGACCUAUCUGACCAAGUUCCUGAUACAGAGUCUGAAACCAAGAUUCUUCUACAAGGUACUCCUGUGGCUCAAAUGGCUGAAGAUGCUAUAGAUGCUUCUCAAGAUAAUGCUACUCAAUCUGAAGCUGCUCAAGGAUCUCCUGCUCUUCAACCUCAACCUACUCCUGUUCCUACUCAAGCUUCUACUGCUCUUCCUGAAACUCUUGGAUAUUCUCGUGAUGACUCUCACGGAACUUCUUGGGUUGAACCUACUGUCUUUGGAGGUCUAGCUACCGUUGUAUCCGGAAUAGCUGGCUUCGCGGGAUAUAAGUACUAUACGAGUCAUAAUGGAGAUCCUUGGGUUAGACAGAUUUGGCAGAUGCCCACAAAGAGUCGAGAUUUUUUAGAACUAUUUUAA